UUGCCAAAACACAACACAAGAGCUCCAGUCGUGUCAUGGAGUCGCCCUCAGGCCGCCGCCGUCUCGGCGCGCAGCCGCCAAGCGGAGCUGGGCGCAACUGCCGGCCGCGGCCAUGCCAGGGCGGGGAUGGCGGCGAAGUGGACCGCAUCAGCGGGCUGAACGACGACCUGCUUAUCCAGGUCCUCGUCCGCCUCCGCUGCGCCGGCGCCGCCGUCCGCACCGGCGUCCUCUCCCGCCGGUGGCGCGGCCUCUGGAGGUACCUUCCCGAGCACUACUUCCGCGGCAUCGCGUACGACGCCGUCAAAGCCGCCCUCGCACAGAUCGCCCUCCCAAAGCUGUUCCUCCUCGACAUCGAUAUCCCCAGCUCCCUCUCCGCCGAAGCUGCCGCCUCGCUGCUCCGCACCGCCGCUCGUUAUCUGGACCCGGUGGAGUUGAGCAUCAAAUUAUAUUCGGCUAAUCCAAUCGGAAUCCAGAUGCCUUCCUUUGCCCGCGCAAGAUCGAUCAGGCUCAACGUGAACCAGCUCCAUCAAACACCGCCGGCGCGAGGUGGUGAGUUCCCGGUGCUGGAGAGGCUCUCCAUCACAAACUGCCGCUUCGAUGCCGGUGCCCUGAUCUCACGAUGCCCACGCCUGCGCGUGCUAGAGUUGAUUUGCUGUCGGGCUCUCGACACCAUCACGGUCCACUCGGCGACCGUCGAGGAGCUUCUUGUGACCGGCGAGGGGCGCCGGCUCCGAGGUGUUGACAUCGUGGCACCUCUGCUGAAGAAAUUCACCUUGCAUAGCGACGUGUCUGUGGAUUUCAGCAUGUCAUUGCUGGCAACCACGGUUGAGAAUCUCUCUUGGAAUUGCAGAUUUGCUUGCUGGUUGGACCCUCAUAAAGCAGUAGGGAUUGAUGCGUCUGGGACGUGGAGGUGGAGCCUGAUUCAUCUGAAGUUAGGGAGGGAGGAGCGUGGUUUUCUCCUAGGUUUGGACAUAGCAAGACUGCAUUAUAUAACGCAUGUGCGGAGCUUGCAAGAAAUGUUUCAGUUUCCUGACAUUUCUGUUUUGGAACUAUGCCUCAAUACACGUGGACAUGCUUAUGGUGCAGUGGUGUUGAAGUUACUAAGGACUUGCAGUGCCAUACAAAGGCUUAAGCUGGUCGAUCAACUUGAUACGCAGAUUAGCGAAGCAUGCCUCCUUGUCAUCAAUCGUCAGACUGGAGAAGUCAGAAUAUCUCCUUGACGGGGCUUGAAGAAGUAGAAAUAGAAAAUUUCAGAGGAAGUGGCCAUGAAGUUGAUUUCUUGAAGCUUCUGUUCAGAUGUGCACCCUUGACGAAAGUGAUCGUGAAACUGGCCUCCAAUGUUGUAGUAAGGAGCAGAGGAUGCAACGA